AUGGCGCAUCGGGCCGUGCACCGCAUCGACGUGGACCCCUCCGGCGCCCUUGUCUUGUGCUAUGAUGCCGAGGGCAUCGCGGACAGGCAGAGCACAGUGAUCAAGGUCCCCGUUGCCGAGCUCCAUGGCCAGAACCUGGAAGCCUUGGCAAACACCGUGCUCCUCCGUGUCCCAGACGGUUUGCAUGUCUCUGUGGAUGCUCUGUGCAUGGCACUCGGUGAGCUUCGUGCGGCCUGUGCCGGGGAGGCGGGGGAGGCCGCGCCUGUGACGUCGCCAGCAGACUCGGCAGCACCGCCACCAAGGGCUGAAGCAGCUGCAGUGGCCGAAGCCCCGCCGUCUGACGAAGGUUCCAAUGCUCUCUGGGUCCGCGCCAUGGAUGGCACGCGCUAUGGGCCCUUCAAUGUUGUGGCAUUGCGGUCGGCUCGGAAGCUGAAGCUCCAGCUUGCGGAGCGCCUGCAGAUUUCCCCCAUGGGAAUCGCAUUGCUGGAUUCUGCGCGGCCUGUGCCCGAUGAGGCAGAUCUCCAAGCGCUGGGCUCGACGGAGCUGCAGCUCUUGCGGCUGAGCACUCGCCCAGCCAUUGUGGUGGCUCGGGUGAGGCCGAUGAACCGGCGGGAGCUGCAGGCAGACGAGACUGUGGCUGUGGCGGUUGUUGACGAGGAGCCCGGUCGGCAGGCACCGCUUCGCGUGACAGAUGCCAAAGGCAAAGAGCACCUCUUCACGUUCGACUACACCUUCCCCCCAAGCACCCUGCAGAAGGAGGUUUGCCAGGCCGUCGCCCCCGCGGUCGAGGAUGCCUUGGAAGGCAUCAGCUCAACAUUUGUGACCUAUGGUGCCCGUGGCGCAGGCAAAAGCUUCACCCUACGGGGUUCUCUCCAGCUUUCGGGGGAGCCUGGACCGGGGUGGAUUCUGGAUUUCAGUGACCGCCUUUUGGCCAAGCUGCAGGAGGGCGCUUCUCCUUACUUGGUCGGCGUGUCCAUGCUGAGCGCAUAUCACGAGGAGUUGACGGAUUUGCUCGUGGCGGGCCGCGAAAAGCUGCGAGUCCGCCGGGGCGCCGACGGGGUGGAAGUUCCAGACCUUUCUUGGCACGUCGCUGAGUCGACAGAGGAGAUUUUAGAGCUUCUUCAAGCAGGUCUCAAUUCCAUCCAGGUGGCAUGCACAAACAUGGAGAUCGAAAGCGGUGAGGUGACUUCCAUCUUCCAACUUCACAUCUCGCGUUGGGCAGGCGAGCAAGUCGCGUCUGCCACGAUCCGUUUCGUGGACUCGGCGAACUCGGACCGGCCGACGAACCCUGCGCGGAGGAGCAAAUACCUGGAAGCCCUGCGAGAAGUGGUGGACGCCUGUGGAAGGCCAACUGGGUUUAUCCCCUACCGCUUCUCGAAGCUGACGCAGCUGCUGCAGCCGGCCCUGUGCGGGCCUACACCUCUGGUGCUGCUUGCUGCCUGCAGCCCUGCCCAGUCUGAUGUGGACGAGACGCUGCGCACCCUUCAGUUCGCUAGCAAGGUGCAAAAGGUGACCAACUUUCCGAAGCAGAAUCUGUUGCCGGCAGAGGACUUCGAGAGAUUGGCGACUGCAGCGGGCGGCGAUGCCUGGAUCAGUGCGGUGGCAGCGUUCGUUCGGCGUGGGGGGUGA